AUGGCUCGAACUAAACAAAUUGCCCGAAAGUCCACCGGUGGACGAGCGCCUCGAAAACAACUCGGCAGCAAAGACUUCUCCAGACACACAUUCCUGGACCACGCCCAGAAACCAUAUACAGUUGUGGGAGGCCCAUCGUGGUCGAUGAACCAGGAUAUUAUUCGAAAACUAAGUUUACACCUCUAUUUCCUCAGUGACGUAGACCCAGAUCAAGGAGCGGAAAUUGGGAACAGUCUUCUCCGGUCCGACGCUAUUUGCGGAUGGGGAAAUGCGAGAAAUUACUGGCCGCGAGUAGAUGUAUAUGCACCUCUGGGCAGUAUUGAAGAAUGCAUUGAGCAUCAUAGACGUGAAAAGAUCUUUCGCCGUAAGGCUGUUGAAGAGAUGCAUGCCGCUGUCGCUGCCGCGGCUAGAGACGCGUGUGGGCCGGAGAUGGACGAUGAAGAUCGUGAGGAAGCAGCGCACGAAGCAGUGCUGGCGUUGAGAGGCAAGGAGGUAUAUCCACAUAUUGUUCCCACAUGGUGCUGCUCUGCGAAAUUUUGGCGUGAAUACGAUUACAAAAAACGAUAUCGAAGUUUUGUCCUGGUGGUUCCCGCGGAUUGUCACUCUUGGGAUGAUAUCUUGCAAAAAGGGAUCAUUCAUGUCGAGUUUGAUCAAGAUGUGUCUCCUGCUAUGGAAACAUAUAUGGACGAUACUUAUGGAGAGGAAGAAGAAUCCCUUAUUGAGAAUGAUCGCACCGGUUGGGUGUAUAUUGAAAAGAGUCCAGAUGAGAUUAGAGGUCACUUAUAUCAUAGAUGGAUGGAUCAUACAAGUGCGCUGUGGGAUUGUACUUAUCGCAUACCAGUCUGUGAUGCCUGCAAUAAUGAGGAACCGCAUCAGAACUGCGAACAUGAACUAAAUGGCCAUUAUUUUGAUGAGGACGGGCAGUGCAUAGCUUGUCGAAGACAUACUGAAUACAGGCGCCGAAGCAAAAGAAUAGCAAAGAGACAAAAACAGGAUGAUGUUGCUGAUAAAAGACAUAAUCUCAUCACAUAACAGUCUA